CAAAAUGAAGGCGGAGCUAAAUUUACCGGCGGGAUUCCGAUUUCACCCCACGGACGAAGAGCUAGUUAAGUUCUAUCUCUGCCGGAGAUGCGCAUCGGAGCCGAUAACCGUUCCGGUCAUCGCCGAGAUUGAUCUUUACAAGUUCAAUCCAUGGGAGCUUCCAGACAAGGCGUUGUACGGAGAGAAAGAAUGGUACUUCUUCUCACACCGAGACAGGAAAUACCCAAACGGUUCACGACCAAACCGGGCAGCAGGAACCGGUUAUUGGAAAGCGACGGGAGCUGAUAAACCGAUCGGUAAACCGAAGACGUUAGGGAUAAAGAAAGCGCUCGUCUUCUACGCAGGGAAAGCUCCGAGAGGUGUGAAGACGAAUUGGAUCAUGCACGAGUAUCGUCUCGCUAAUGUUGACCGGUCUGCUUCUUCGUCGAACAAGAAGAACAACUUGAGACUUGAUGAUUGGGUGUUAUGUCGGAUUUAUAAUAAAAAGGGAACGAUGGAGAAGUAUUAUCCAUCUGAUGAGAAAGAGACGGUGGUGAUGACUAGUGCUACUACGACGUCGGUUUCGAAAUGCUCGAGUCACGUGAUAUCACCGGACGUCACGUGUUCCGAGGUUCAGAGCGAGUCUAAAUGGGUUGAUGAUCUUGAGGAAGCGUUUGAUGGGUUUGACACGUCAAUGUUUGGUUCCUUAUUGCAAAAUGACCCGUUUGUCCCUCAGUUUCUGUAUCAGUCUGAAUACACCACUAUGUUUGAAGACCCGCCGGAGCAGAAACCGUUCUUGAACUGGAGUUUUGCUCCUCAGGGGUAA